AUGGCUUUUUCCAACAGUGAUCUUAACAAAUUGAAAGGACCCCUUGAUGGGUUACUUACUGAAAUAACUACUUACAAGAAAGAUGGGGAGCCACCUCUUGUGGCACCAGCAUGUACUAUCGGAGUAACCCAGAAGGACAAAACUGUAUACCUCAACACCAAAGGAGUCACAAAUCUCAACACCAACGAACCAUCAACUAAUGAUCAUGUAUAUGCCUUGUUUUCAUGUACCAAGUCAAUGACAGUAAUGGCAGCUUUGAUCUUAUACGAAAGAGGCCAGUUGGAUUUGGAUGCGCCAGUGUCCAAGUAUUUUCCUGAAAUAUCAACUGUGGGGGUACUUGAACCAGGAAUUGUUGAUAAAAAAACGGGUGAGUUGAAGAGACCUUUACAACCACCAAAGACUCAAGUAACGGCAAGACAUUUGAUGAUACACACUGCUGGAUUUUCAUAUGGUUUUAUUCAUCCUGAUUAUUUUGCGUUAAUCACUAAAGCAAACCCCAAAUUGGAUGCUUCGAACCCAACCUUGGAGUUUUUCUUGAAAAAAACACCUUUAGUUUUCGAGCCAGGAAGUCAAUGGAUGUACGGUCACAGUAUUGACUGGUUGGGUUUUGUUAUUGAAAAGAUUAGUGGACAGAAAUUAGGUGAGUUUUUGAGAAAGGAGGUGUUUGACCCAGUCGGUAUGAAAUCAUGCACAUUCCAUAAAAUGAAUUACGAUAACAUGAAUAGAGUCCAUUAUAGAAAACAAGACGGAACUUUGAAAUUACAGGAAAAGUUUGGUAUGCCAUUAGACCCUAAUUUGGAUUUAGGAGGUCAAGGCUGUUUUGGAUCUGUUGGUGAUUAUUUGAAAUUUAUUCGAGUUUGGUUGAACUACGGAUACAGUCCUGAUGGCAACACCAGAAUCUUGUCUCAAAAAACAGUAGAGUAUGCAAUACAGAACCAUUUACCUGAAGAUGUUGAAUUGGAAUUUAUCGGAUUAGCUCAAAAUUUCAUUGAUGAUGAUGCACCAGAUAAGAAGCAAGAUGGAUGGACACUUUCUGGUAAUGCAUACAAUUCAAACAAUUUACCAAGUGGAAGACCCAAAGGAACAUUGUAUUGGGGUGGAUUAGCCAAUUUGGCAUAUUGGAUCGAUUUUAAAAAUAAUAUUGGAGGGUUUUUUGCCGUACAAGUCUUGCCAUACAUGGAUGAAUAUGUUGUUCCAUAUAUUGCCAAAUUCGAAUCUGAAGUUUAUAGUGUUGUUGAUGGAAAGAAUUAUUCAGCAAAGUUGUAA